CACGAGACCACGUCACGCUCGUGACGACAGUCCCCUCAGUCCGCAAGUAAUUUUCCCCCUUCGUCCCUCCGCUCGACGACCUCCUCAAGAUGCCGCACUCCUUCGGUUACCGGGCGCGCACGCGCCACAUGUUCAAGCGGGGCUUCAAGGAGCAUGGUCCCGUAAAAUUGUCGACUUUCCUCAUCAACUACCACAUCGGUGACAUUGUCGACAUCAAGGCUAAUGCCGCUCAGCAAAAGGGUAUGCCCCACAAGUACUACCACGGCCGCACUGGGAUUGUCUACAACGUCACACCCUCUGCUGUUGGUGUCAUUGUGUACAAGGUCGUCGGCAACCGCUACAUUGAGAAGCGUGUGAACCUCCGUGUUGAGCACAUCCGUCACUCGAAGUGCCGACAGGAAUUCUUGGAUCGUGUGAAGCGGAACCAUGAGGCGCAUGUUGAGGCUAAGGAGAAGGGCGAGCGGAUCAACCUAAAACGCAUCCCUGCCCUGCCCCGUGAGGCCUACACCGUCGCCAGCGCCACCGCCUCCAACACACCGCAGACAAUGGUUCCCGUCGCAUACGAGACCACGAUCUAAGUUCACGGUACCAUUGUUGUAUGCUAUGCUGCUAUGCGAUUCUAUGCAAGUGUUGCUGGUCUCGACCUGCAAGCAAUCAUGAUAUCUUCUCUCUUUGGGAUGCAAAUGUGAUCACGUAACGGGGACGAACAUCGAAGCCUAGGAACCAAGUUGUAUAAAGAUUGCCCCAUUUAAUCUUUCGCAUAUCUUCUUUGAUCUUGUCCUGCUUGAGUUCAAGAAGUGUAGACGAAAUCUAGCACCGCCAAUUCCUCGUACGACCAACACUGAAAUCAGACUGGAUCAUCGCAGGGCUUCGGAUGUAAUUAUUUUUCAUUCCCAUAAUGAGUAAGUCAUAGAACGCUGGUGGUGUCGGCGAGCUCACUUUAUCGGCCGAAUAUUGUGAGUAUCCAGGGUUACAUAUCAAGCAGGGAA